AUGGCCUUCUUUUGCGACCUAUGCCGCCAAACCUACCCUACUCGUCGCUCAUUCCGCACCCACAACACUCGUGUACACCGUCACCCAAAACCAAAGGCUGCAGUACACAAAUUACUCCGGCACCCUCUACUUAAUGCCAUACGAAAAGAUGGGCACGGCAAUGUUCUCCCUGCUCAUGCACCACCACCUCCCGAGGAUCUCACGCCAAGCUGGGAAAGCUAUGAAGACCGGCCUACGUUCGAAAUCGGUGAGAUUCUGUUUGAGAAGAUGAAGGGGUCCGCCGAAGACAUGAACCACCUUUUCCGUGCGUGGGCCGCAAAGAACGUUCUCGACAACAACAAGGACGCACCGUAUGUCAAUAACGCGGACCUUCUAUCCAGGAUUGAUGCCCUCGAGUUUAACGCUGGCGCUUGGGAGGCAACCUCUGGUCGGUGGACGGGACGGGUAACCGAUGAAUCAGCGGCAUGGAAGCGUACACCAUGGACGAUGUACAUGCGCAACACUCGUGAAGUUUUUUCGACGAUGGUUAGUAAUCCAGAGUUCCGAGGCAAAUUUGACACUCGUCCAUAUCGCGAAUAUGCUGAAGCUCAUACGCGUCGCUAUUCCGACUGCUUCUCGGGCGAGUGGGCGUGGCGCCAAUGUAAUACCAUUGCACGUGAAGAUCCGUCCACUCGUGGAUCAAUGUUCGUUCCCAUCAUCAUCGGGACAGACAAAACCACUGUUUCCGUCGCCACCGGCCAUCAGGAGUUUCACCCGGUCUAUGGAGGCAUCAUGAACACAACAAACAGCGUACGACGUGCACACGCUGAGGCGAUUGUCCCAAUCGCAUUUUUGGCCAUUCCCAAAGGAUCACGCGCGGAUGAUGACGACCCCGAAUUUCGACUAUUCAAGAAACAGCUCUACCAUGCGUCCUUGGCUCGUAUUCUCGAGCCGCUCAGGGAUGCCAUGUCGAAGCCCGUCUUGACCAAAUGCUUCGACGGCUACUAUCGUGACAUCAUAUACGGGCUUGGCCCUGUCCUCGCCGAUUAUCCUGAGCAGGUCUUCUUGUCCGGGAUCGUCCAAGGGUGGUGCCCGAAAUGUCUCGCACUCCCAGAACAGUUGAAGACUAAGGGCCCGCCACGUUUUCAAGAACAUACCGAGUGCUUACGGGAAACAUACGACUCCAAUAGGUUAUGGGAUGUCUGGGGCGUCAAUGACGAUGUCACCCCCUUCACCGAACACUUCCCACGAGCCGACAUUCACGAGCUCCUUACGCCCGACCUCCUUCAUCAACUCAUCAAGGGCACUUUCAAAGACCACCUCGUCACCUGGGUUGAAGACUACAUCAAGGCCAAUCACUCGAAAGCCGAUGCCGAAUCUAUUUUGGACGAUAUUGACCGGAAAAUCGCCGCAGCGCCUCCUUUUCCCGGACUUCGCCGUUUUCCUGAAGGUCGAAAGUUCAAGCAAUGGACCGGUGAUGAUUCAAAGGCUUUGAUGAAGGUGUACAUACCAGCCAUCGUCGAUCACGUCCCCGCAGAAAUGGUUCAGGCCAUCGUGGCAUUCUCAGAUUUCUGCUACAUCGCCCGUCGCUCCUCUCACGACACGCGCUCUCUUCGCCUCAUGGACAUCGCUCUCGCCCGCUUCCACAAACAUCGCAACAUCUUCCUGUCGGAAGGAAUCCGAAACGACUUCGCCCUCCCCCGACAACACUCACUUGUCCACUACACCCACAGCAUCAAGUUAUUCGGCUCCCCUAACGGUGUCUGUACAUCCAUCACCGAGUCUAAACACAUUCGAGCGGUGAAGGAGCCUUGGCGACAUUCAAGCCGGAACGAUCCCAUCAGUCAGAUUCUUCUCCGUAACACUCGCAUGAUGAAGAUCUCGGCCGCUCGCGCUCGUUUCGGACGGAAGGGGAUGCUGAGGGGUGAUGUGUAUCAGGCUGCAUUAGCAGAGACUGGGCGAGCCGGAGUGAUACUCGAUGAUGAUAAUUGGGACGUAGUCCAGAACCGUAUGGACGAUCAUGCACCGGAUGAGGAUGUAUUCGAUAUUGGUGAUGAGCAUGCUCCGCUGUCGGUUCGCCUUGCAAAGAAACCACUCCACAGUCGGACUGUCUCCCAGCUCGCAACCGAACUUUCCGUCUCUGCGGGUACACUCCACACCCAACUUGGCCGUUUCCUCUACGGUCAAAUUCACCGCGAUCCCGAUCUCGAUCCCGAUGACGUCCCCGUCGACGAACUACCCGGAUAUGGUCGCUCAAUUCAAGUCUUUUCAAGUGCGCAUGCGAGGUACUACUCCCCUAGUGAGCUGUCUGGUCCAUUUGGUAUGCAUUCUGAGGUGAUACGGAGCCACCCGUCCUGGUUUGGACAAUAUGAACGGCGGGACACCGUGCUUGUUGGAAUUGGUGAGGAGGAUGAUCCUAUGGGAGGCAUGACCGUUGCGCGCAUCAUGCGCUUUUUGCGACUACGUUGUGAUGGUUCCGUGUUUCCGUGCGCCCUGGUCGAAUGGUUUUUACCCGUUGAUGAUACCCCCGAUCCUUUGACGGGUAUGUGGAUUGUAAGGCCAGAGACCGUUCACGGGAGUCGGCCUAUAGACAUUGUUCCCCUUGAUUCUAUCUUCCGCGCAUGCCACCUUAUGGGAAGAACAUCUUCCGCAUUCCUCCCCCGCGAUUUCAACUUCUCCUACAGCCAUACUGCCUUCCGAACCUUCUAUCUCAACAAGUACGCAGAUUAUCAUAGUCACGAAUGUUUCCCUUCUUCCGUUGACCUAUACUUAGAGGAGCUGGAGCAACUUGAGGCGGAGGAACAAUAG